AUGGGUAUCAAGCCUGCUGGUGUUCCAGGCAAGGCCUGGCCAGCCAUUGCCAUCGGCUUCUUCGUCGCCUUUGGUGGUAUCCUCUAUGGCUAUGACACGGGUACCAUCAAUGGCAUCCUUGAGAUGUCGUACUGGCAGCGCCUCUUCAGCACUGGCUACGUGAACACCGCCGGCAACAAGGACGUGUCACCCCAGCAAGAAUCCGGCAUCGUCUCCAUCCUCUCUGCCGGCACUUUCUUCGGUGCCCUGGCCUCCCCUUUCCUCGCCGAUACCAUCGGACGUCGCUGGGCUCUCGCAGCUUCAUGCUGGGUUUUCAACCUUGGCGUUAUCCUCCAAACCAUUGCCACUGCCAUUCCUCUUUUCCUGGCUGGCCGUUUCUUCGCCGGUUUCGGUGUCGGCUUGAUCUCUGCCUUGGUUCCCCUCUACCAGUCCGAGACCGCCCCCAAGUGGAUUCGCGGUGCCAUCGUCGGCGCCUACCAGUGGGCCAUCACCAUCGGUCUGCUCCUGGCUGCCAUUAUCAACAACGCUACCCACGCCCGUCAGGACACUGGAUGCUACCGCAUCCCCAUCGCUGUCCAGUUCGCCUGGUCCCUUAUCCUCUUCUGCGGCAUGCUCAUCUUGCCGGAAACCCCCCGUUUCCUCAUCAAGCGUGGCCAGAUCGACCGUGCUACCAAGGCCUUGGCCAAGAUCCGCCGCCUUCCCGAGAACGACCCCUACGUUGCCGAGGAGAUUGCCGAGAUCAAGGCCAAUCACGACUACGAGUCCAGCUUCGGCAACGCUAGCUACCUCGAUUGCUUCAAGCCCCCGGUGCUGAAGCGUCAAUUUACUGGGUGUGCUCUCCAGGCGCUCCAGCAAUUGACUGGCAUCAACUUUAUCUUUUACUACGGAACGCAGUACUUCCAGAACUCUGGCUUCUCAAACGGCUUCGUCAUCGGCAUGAUUACCUCGUCAAUCAACGUUGCUUCGACUCUGCCGGGUAUGUGGGCAGUCGACCGCUGGGGACGCCGCCCCUUGCUUCUCUGGGGAGCCAUUGGCAUGUGCGUCUCGCAGUUCCUCGUGGCUAUGCUGGGCACCUUGACCACGGGCCAGGAUGCCGCCGGCAAUAUCAUCGUGUACAACCUGCCCGCGCAAAAGGCCGCUAUUGCCUUUGUCUGCAUCUACAUCUUCUUCUUCGCCUCCACCUGGGGCCCCCUCGCCUGGGUUGUCAACGGUGAGAUUUUCGGUCUCAAGACCCGCGCCAAGUCUCUGUCUCUGUCGACUGCCACCAACUGGCUUCUGAACUGGGCUAUCGCUUACAGCACUCCCUACCUCGUCAACUACGGUGACGGUUACGCCAACCUGCAGUCAAAGAUCUUCUUCAUCUGGUUCGGGUGCUGCUUCGUCUGCAUCGCCUUUGUCUACUUCUUCAUCUAUGAGACCAAGGGAUUGACCCUCGAGGAGGUCGAAGAGCUGUACGCCGAGGUCAGCGUCGCCAGCAAGUCGGUCGGCUGGCGACCUGCCACCAACUUCCGCGAGCGCCAGGCUGCCGAAGGCGACAAGGCUGUGGGCAACAGCGAUGGUGAUAUUACUCAUCAUGAGAAGAUGGUUGCUGUAUAA